AUGACGACCUCCAAAGUCCUCGUUCUCAUCACCGGCGCCAACAAAGGCAUCGGCUUCGCCGCGGCACGGCAACUAGCUAGCUCAAGCAAGUUCCAUGUGCUAGUCGGCGCGCGCACGACACCCAAGGCCGAAGCUGCAAUUAAGGAGCUGUCAUCGGAUGCAGUGGACAAAUCAGCUCUCACACCCAUCACCAUCGAUGUGACAGAUGACGCAUCUAUCGCUGCAGCUGCCCAGACCGUAUCGGAAUCAUUCGGACGUCUGGACAUCCUGAUCAACAAUGCGGGCAUUGCGCAGACACCUGCUACUACCCUGCGCGAGCAAUACCGGCAAGUUUUCGAUGUCAACGUGUUUGGCAUCGUGGUUGUCAUGGAUACAUUCCUCCCAUUGCUGCGUGCGUCGACGUUUUCCGAUCGCCGCAUUGUCAAUGUCACGUCCGGACAGGGUCUGAUCAGCAGAGCCGGCCACAAGGAUCACCCGGCUAACGCAAAGACCUAUUUCAUACCUGACUACCGCAGUAGCAAAGCAGCGGUCAAUAUGAUCACCGUCGCUCAUGCGGUAAAGCUGGCUGAGGAGAAAAUCACCGUCAUUGCGGCUGCUCCGGGCUACUGCCGCACCAGUAUCAACGGAGGCCAAGGGGUCAAGGAAGCAAGCGACGGGGCCAGGGUCAUUGUGCGCGCUGCCACCGAAGGAGACCCGGAGAAACUGAAUGGGACGUUCGUCGCUGACGAACAAUGGACCCUUGGUUGGUGA